AUGGUUGUUAAUAAAGACAAAUUAAUGCAAAAAGAAUUUGAACAAAAAUGUAAAAUUGAGACUAUUCGUUGUGCUGGAAGAUGUGAUAUUGAAUUGGGGGAUAUUACAAAACAUAAUGUUAUGGGUAGCACUCCCUCGAAACUCCGACCCGACCCACGAAGGCUCUACACUGAUAAAAUCCGAAGACCGACACUCCUGCCCUCGAAGGCUAGGGGUGCUACCCUGCUAUAAAGGUAGGCGCUUUGGUUUAGCGUCUAUGUCCUGGAAAUGCAUUUUUUUUUAUGCUUCUUGGAAAUAUUCUUUAAAUUUGGAACUACACCUCAACUUCGAUUUUUUAAAUUUCACUUAGGAAGCGCGUCCUAAACGUAAGUCUUGAGCUCAGGCCUAGACGAUAUCUGAUUGUGAGUAGAAAAUUGCGCUAUCUGAAUUUUAAUGUCGAUCUGACUCUUAAAUCGAUCCUUAAGCCAAUGCCUCUAUUUAAAAAAAUGGG